AUGAUAAAGAAUCUUGACGACGAGAUUCUCCAUCUUCAAGGUCAUGAUGCCUCGAUGCCACGCUCCUUUUCCUCCGUCGCUUCUAUCGGUUUGGCGUUUAGCAUCACUGGCUCCUGGGUUGGUUAUCUCAGUUGCUUCGGGGCCAGUAUCACGUUUGCCGGUCCUCAAAAUGUGGUGUUGGGAUUGGUGGUUGGGACUGUUGUGCAAUGGAUUAUAACCCUUGGCCUAGCCGAAAUAGCUUCGGCCUUCCCCUCUAGUGGCGGCCAAUACCAUGCUGUCUUCUGCAUGGCCAGUGAGGGAACACGACGCUCUGUCUCGUAUUUGACGGGAUGGUUUUCCAUGUUGGCUUGGUGGAUAAAUACCUCUUCGGGCUUGAUGAUUGCAGCAAAAGCAGUCCUCGGAUUGGCUUCGUUUUGCUGGCCAACCUAUGAUACUGUCAACUGGCAUGUCUAUCUUGUGUAUCUCCUUGUCAUGCUUGUUACCGCCGCUCCCCUCACCAUGUCUCGGACUGUUCCUUGGAUCACACAAGGUUGUCUAUAUAUCUCCGUGUCAGGAUUUUUAAUGGCAUUCAUCGUCGUGAUGGCCAUGCAUCAAGAGUUUCAGCCACAGGGAUACCUACUCCAUGCUUCUCAUGGAACGAGCGGGUGGCCUCACGGGUUUGCUUGGAUUCUAGGAGCCGCCAACUCUAUGUAUGCUUACGUUGGUACCGAUGGAGCAAUUCAUAUUGCGGAGGAAAUGAACCAUCCCGGUCGCAGGAUUCCGCAAAUCAUGAAUCUCACCAUGCUAAUCGGUGUACUGUCGGCACUUCCAUUAUUUAUGGCCCUGAUUUAUGCUAUCCAGGAUCCCGAAAAGGUGGCAUCUGCGACUCUCCCCUCAUUAGAGCUAUUCUACCAAGCCACAGGGAGCCGGGCAGUUUCUCUAUUCCUACAAAUCUGGGUCACUACAGUCUACAUAUCAAGCAUGACAUCCCAGUGGGUGACAUCUGGAAGAAUGGCGUGGGCUUUCGCUAGAGAUGGCGGGAUCCCAUUUUCCGAUUAUUUCGCUGUGGUUGACGAACGAUUCCAAUCGCCCAUCCGAGCAACCGUACUGUCCACGGCGUUCGCAUCGCUCUAUGGGCUGCUCUACUUGGCGUCGACGAAUGCUUUCUCCUCCAUCACCACUUCGGCGGUCUUAUACUUUAAUAUUAGCUACGCCAUUCCCCAGGCCAUGGCAUUAUUCCGAGGACGAGCAGUACUCCCUCGUCGCAGUCUGAAUCUCGGACCCAUCGUAGGACCAUUCUGUAAUGCCUUCACAGUGAUCGCGGUGCUUGCGCUGGUGAUUAUUUACAGUUGCCCGAGUACUCUGCCCACGCAGGUAGAUUCGAUGAACUACUCCAGUGUGGUUCUGGUUGGGAUAUCUGGGAUUAUUUUGGCCAGCUGGCUGCUCGUUGGAUCUCGAUUCAGGGGACCCGACGUGGAUCUCCAGCGCAUGCACUUCCUGCUGUCUGCGUGA